AUGCGGCCAAUUACAACACUGUACACAACAGCACCGAACCGAAACUGUGAGCGAUAAGAAGAAGAGAGAGAGAGAGAGUAAACAAACCAAGAGGUCUUCACAAGAGCAAAGUGCUUCUUCCCGCAAAGCAAUGCCACUCAUCACUUGAACUCUUUGCUCUUUUCCCCACAACUUUGACGUUUCUUUCGUCAUUUUCGUGCAAGUAACUUUGGGCUACUCAAUAAAAACUAAAUGAAUCUGCAUUUUUUGUAUUGGAUUGUGAAUUAUUCAUUUCUUUCGUGUUCAAGAUCUUGAAGAAUAAUGCUAUAUCUGGAAAAUAUUUUUCAGAUAAAAGCUUGAUCCAGCUUGCAAUUUUGCUAUUUGUUUAAUCAAAGGUUGAAUUUCAGAGAGAAUGGCAUCUUGGGAUCAUAUGGGGGAUUUUGCGAAUAUAGCGCAGUUGACUGGUGUGGAUGCUGUGAAGUUGAUUGGUAUGAUUGUGAAAGCGGCAAGUACUGCAAGGAUGCAUAAGAAAAAUUGCCGACAAUUCGCACUGCAUUUGAAGUUGAUUGGUAACUUGUUGGAGCAACUCAAGAUCUCGGAGCUGAAGAGGUAUCCAGAAACUAGGGAGCCUUUAGAGCAGCUUGAAGAUGCGCUUAGAAGAUCUUAUAUGUUGGUUCAUAGUUGUCAAGAUAGGAGCUACCUUUAUUUGUUGGCAAUGGGGUGGAAUAUUGUUUAUCAGUUCAGGAAGGCGCAGAAUGAAAUUGAUAGAUAUCUGAGGCUCGUUCCUCUUAUUACUCUCGUGGAUAAUGCUCGAGUCAGGGAAAGACUAGAAUAUAUUGAAAAGGAUCAACGUGAAUACACAUUAGACGAUGAGGACCAACAAGCACAUACAGUUAUUUUAAAACCUGAUCCUGACAGGGAAGAUACUGCGGUGCUGAAGAAAACUCUUUCCUGUUCAUACCCCAAUUGUUCUUUCACUGAAGCGAUUAAAAAAGAAAAGGAAAAACUUAACCUAGAGCUACAAAGGUCACAAGCAAAUUUGGAUAUGAAUCAAUGUGAAGUCAUUCAACGUUUAUUAGAUGUCACCAAAGUAGCAGAGUAUUCUGUUCCGAACAAGUGUUCACCUGAAAAAAGCCAUAAGAAAGAGAAGUACAAUCACUCUGAUUCCAAUAAUGACAAGGGUCUUUCAUCGGAUGAAAAUUACCAUGCAAAAGUUGAUACUGUUUCGCCAACAAGAUUUUCUGUUUCCAAAAAAGACAUGACCUCAACUCGAGGUGGAGGGUCAUAUCAACAGGAAGAUUGGCACACUGAUUUACUUGCUUGUUGCUCCGAACCCUCUCUUUGUAUGAAGACACUUUUCUAUCCUUGUGGAACAUUUUCCAAGAUUGCUUCAGUUGUAAGAAACAGGCCCAUGUCCUCUGCAGAAGCGUGUAAUGAAUUGAUGGCAUAUUCAUUAAUUUUGUCAUGUUGCUGCUAUACUUGUUGCAUACGGAGAAAGCUUCGGAAGAUGUUGAACAUCACGGGGGGCUUUGUUGAUGAUUUUCUCUCACAUUUGAUGUGUUGCUGCUGUGCCCUUGUACAAGAAUGGAGAGAAGUGGAGAUCCGCGGGAUUAAUGGUGCUGAAAAGACCAAAACAAGCCCUCCACCUUCCCAGUACAUGGAAUCUUAAGUUAAUAAUGAAACUGUCAUUUGGUUGUUUAGUGAUUCAAGGGUCCUAAAAGACAUUAAAUAGAGGCUACUGGAAUUCUGACUCGAAGGCAAAAACUAUGUAUUUUGAUUCUCAACGUACCUUGCCUCUUUAAACUACAUAUGUAUAGUAAUUUGUUGUGUUGUAUCAUACUACUCGACAAAAGUAGCUUCUAGAUUUACCUGAUGUAUCAUUUAUUAAAAUUAUUUUUCUGGUUUAAUAUAGUUUGAGUUAAUUUCU